UGGGCGGGGUACAUGGCCACCGCUGAGUGACACGGGCUCCGGGCUGCCAACCUCCCGACUAAUCACAGCCGUUUUCGUCAGAAGGAUGCUGCGUCGUCGCCGGGUAAGAAAUCAGAGCCGCCACCCAAGUGACGUACAGGAAUUUUUGGGGCGGUGGCUAUUUUUGGUGGAGUCGUCCAGAACCUGGCUGCGUCUUGGCGUGCUGGCGGACCUGCGUUCUACUGACACGUACCGACUGCGCUGUGGUGCUGAUGCACAGGCUAGAGGCGGAUAAGUGAGGACAGGGCGCGCGCGCGUGGCUGUGUGUGUCGUCGGGACUCAUCCGGAUCUAGGCUAGCUCAACCCCUGCCGACUUUUUUUCACGAGCUGUGAAAGAGGAACGGAGCUAAAUUCAGGAGCCGACGAAAAUAAUAAGUGUGACUACCGACAGCUGUGCCCAGACCGCCGGCCGGCCAACCCUCCUGUGACAACCCCACCGUCACGUUUUCGUCUUCGUCCAUUAUAUCAAUACAGGCGACCUCUUCAUAAUGGGUUCAUCCCGGGAGCAUGCCGCACUCCUCUUCGUUCUUCUGCUUUUGUUAGCAGGUCACACCAAUGCGCAGUCUACGGUGGUUUCUAGCCCACUGCCCGACCCGAUUAGUCCAUCACAACUGCCUGGCACAUCACCACAGGAUGCAGAAGACACGACACUGCUCCAAGCAACCACCGAGUUCUAUUCAUCUGAAGCUGCAGGGACACAGCCGGGAACCCAAGAUGUGGUGACCUCAGUACAACCCGUCGCCGCUGAUAAUGUUCUGACCUCUUCAGAACCUGUCGCUGCCGAUAAUGGCACAGUCGCCUCAGGUGCGACAGGUGCAACAACCGUGUUGUCAGCAACAACCGAAGCUGGCUCCACUGUUGCAAGAACAGGUACAACGCAACAGGUGGUAGCUAAUGAUACCAUCGCACCAGGCGUGGUAGAAGAAUCCAAAUCCACUGUAACACCGAGACCUACUAGUGCAGCAGAUGCCAGCACCGCACAAAUGAUGGCAACAACUGAGGAGGUGUUGGGCACAGGUUAUGAGGACCUUGUUCCAGGAACCGACGAGCAACCGGAACCUUCAGGUGUUACCAAAAUGCCGGAGACCACGACGAUUCCACCAGUUGUCGUAAACACAACAAUGGUCUCAACUGCUGCACCUGGAAAUGCGACAGAGAAUGCCACACGAAUCCCCUUUAUACCCCGCCGUAUACCUGUUACAACACAACGCCCGGUUGUGUCUACACGAGCGAGCACAGAGGAGCCAGCGGUGACUACAACACUUAGGAUCACUACAGAGAGCACACCACGCACUACAACAGAGGACCUGUCAAGGGCCGUUCCUGGGCUGCCACCUCAGACGACCACAGUUCCACCCACAACCACCACAGCUAGCCCAAUGAUAACAACAACAACAGAAGCAGCAUCGACAACAACAACAACAACAGCAACCACACCAAUAUCAACAUCAACACAAAUACCAUUGUCAACAACAGUAUCAACUCCUCGCGUUGUUAAAGAAACAACAUUAUCACCUCAGCUGAUCCCGAGCAAGAACCAGGCAGACUUGACCAAUCAGGAAGCGGAUAGCAUAGUGACUGUGUUCUUCAAUGGCACAAGAUCCAAACUUACUAGGAACAUCUGGAUCCGGCAGUAUGAUGAGAUGUUCAGAGAAGAGCUGACAAAUAUCAUCAAUGAGAACAGUGAUGGACAGCUGAAUGUCCAACCUGCUGAUGUCAUCUAUGUGGAACCAACCCCCACCCUUCGGCAGCAGGGGCUGCUGGAAGUCUCUGUCUUUGUGUACAACAGGACCAGCAAGACAGAUAACAAGGUUGAAAAGAGAGAUGCUGACCAACCAACAGUGUCAAAAGGUGUCCUAGAGGCUGCCCUGAAUCAACUGAAGUUUCAGUAUGAGGAGGGAAAUGGAGAGAUUGAGAUAGUGGAAGUGUCCCCAGGCCUUACUGCACCGCGACCAGCACAACCCACCAGGCAGACUUCCAUAUUUGGGGAGUACUUCUCUCUCUUCAUCGCCUUGAUAGUGAUCGCUUGUGUCUGUGUUGUCAUAAUCCUCCUGGGGGUACUGUACCUCUGUGUCCGCAAAAAGAAGGGAAAGCUUCGAGACCACGAGAAAGUCAUCGCCGACGACGGGCUUCGUCUCGAUAGCUACCAGGCGCUCGACAAUCCAGGAGCUACGUUCACCGACGACGAGAUGCCAGAACCCAACGGUAAACCAAAGGCAGAGGAAGCGUGGACUGUCAAGCCAUCGGCGCCCCCUCCCCCAAAUGGAAGAAUUGCAGAAAAUACAGAGGAGGAAGAUACACAUUUGUGACCAAUUCUUCUGUUAGCUUUGUAAGUGGUAUGAAGAAACAUAGAGCACCCAUCUUGCCUAUUACAAGUGCCAGUGAUAGUGCCAUCAUUAACAAAGAAAAAGUCAUGACAUUCAAUUUGAAAUAAAAAUAAUUUUGUUCAACAUGACCUUUUGUGCUUUCUACUGAUGGGGAAACAGCAUCAACGUGAUACAUGUAGACAGUAAAGCAGAGGCAAUGAGUUGUGAAUGCCUGUCUGCAAAGGUACAUGUAGUUGUGAGUUUUGCUUACAGGUCAUUUUAGUGAGAAUAUCCUGGACAAAAUCCAUACAACUGUUGGCACACCAAAGAUUCUCAAGGAAAUUAUAACUUUCCCCCAAGCAAACCUUUUCAUUUCUAGCCGUACUUUGUAAGACUCUACAACUUGCAAACUUUUCAUUCCUACAAAUAUCAAAAUGACAUAGUUUACUUCACCUGGAAGAUGGUAUAUUAGGCAGCAAUGUCAGAGUGAGACUAGACAAAGUGCCAGUUUGCUUCAAAUACUACUAUUGAAUAUACCAGAAUCUAGCCUAGAGGUUUAACAAAUGAAUGUAAACCACAUCUGAAAAGCUUUUUGAAGUAGAGUCAACAUAAUACAAAGUUGUUACAUUGCAAAAGUCAGCAUCUAAAUUUUGUGGACUUGAUGGAACAAAGCCAAAAUGGCUUGAAAUGUAUUUUUGUAGAAAAGAUCAUUACUGCUUGAAGCGAAAAUUAGACUUUGUAGCUAAUCAUAGAAUUGUAGUAAAUCUCUGUCAAAUGAUAUUGAUCAUAUCAGUUACUUGACCUUCUAAUGGUGGAUGACUUAAGGGCCUACUGAUACUUCUCAGAUAUACUUUGUCAUUCCUUUUCUUUAUACUUAUAUGGAUUAUCUGAUUGAGUUGGACAUUGGUUGAUAGGAAUUUAGUGCACUGAUAGACAGAAAAAUUGAUGAUUCCCUUCAAUUUUAGUGAAUAUUCUUUAAAUCUUAAAACCUGAAAAAAAUCAAUGUUUAUUUUGCAAAACUUUAGUGUACUAUCUGGAUCAGCAAAAUUAAUGCACCCAUGUAUAAUUUCAAAACCAAAUACAGAUUUGUAUGUUAUGAAGUUACAUACAUGAAAAUAUUGCUGGGUGUCCAGGUAUACACAUGUAGUUGCAAGGGUUACCAUACUGGUGAUUGUAAGCAAAGACCAACUUAUUUGUAAAUAGAAGUACUAAGUUAGUUUUUGUUAUAUAUAGUUGUCAACAACUUUUACUCCAUUUGAUUAACUAUUCCUUUCUGUGCACCAAAAGUAUUCUGUUUUUUGUGCUGCAGUCAUAGCUAUGAAAUUAGCAAUUUUAAAUGUAUUGAUACUAGUUAUAAGGAAGUCAUUGAUUAUGUUAAUCAGUAGAAUGUUUUGCUUUGAUUACAAUGUCAAUAUGCAGUGGGCUAAUUAACAUACUAGGUCCAAUGACACUCUGAGUAUUGUGCAAAGAACCAACAACUGGAAUUGGUGUGGCCUUAGGUGGUUUGGCCAGAGGAUUCAACAUACCUGUGUGUGUGUGAGUGUGUGUGUGAAUGUGUGUGCGUGUGGUAAGGGAUUCCCUUAUUAUUCUAGACAUUACAGGUAUAAAAGAUCAGGAAAACUACGUGUACAAUGUAUUUGGUUGGGAGGCUAAAUUGCUGUUGUCAAAUUGCCUUGUUUACCUCCAAAAUCUGCUAAUAAUAUUACAGAGUUGAGGACCAUGUGUUUCUCCUUAGCCCUGCAUAGUGCUUUAUUCAGUUACAUCUUUAUUCAGACAAUCAUACGUAGCUGAUUAUUGUGACUAUCUUUAGGAGCUUGAAGUUGUAUAUUGUGUAUUGAACUAUUGACUUUUUUUCUCUCCAGUUUUCGAGUGGUCAGACAUGGAAAUUUAAGAGCGCUAUCCUUUCAGAGAUAACAACAGUAAAAAAAAUGACAGAUCUUCACGCAAAAGUACCCAAGUAUUUCAACUCUUUGGCAUUAUGCUUAUAGGUCACAUCUUAGUAUCAGUAUAGUAUGAUUAUACAAAAUACUAUAGUUGUAAGCCAUGUCACUAAAUAAUGUACAUGGUGCAAUGAUGCCCCCUAUCUCCUCAGGCACUAACUACAUGCUAGCAUUACUGCACCAUAUACACCUUUCUCACGCGGCGGCCAUGAUAGAUCUAAAACGAGUUCAAUGUGGCAAACAAAAGGCUGUCUAUCAUAAUUAGAAGUUCG